AUGUUUGAAUCAUCCAGCAGGCCACGACGAAACUACCGAGGUCGGAAAGAUGACUCAGACGACGAGAAGAAUGGUGAUACGGACAACGCAACGGCAAAAAUUCCGGUACAGACUGCACGGCCACAGCCACCGAAAAUGUCUACUCUCAGUUUUGGAGACGAUUUAGAGACCGGCGAAGAGUUCAAGAUCAAAAAGUCAGCAUAUAAUCGGCGCAUUGUAAAACAGCUAAAGGAGGGUAAACAGCCCUUGCGGUUUGCCGACGAAAUCAGCGAAAAGCAUCCGGCAGAGAAGACAGUCAAACAAGAGGCAACUGAGAAAGUGGCGUCCUCGCCCAGUCUUUUCAUACCAGCAGUGAAUGCGGCAGACGAUGGUGUGGACGAUUCUGACAUUCCCACCGUGAAGCCUCUAAAUAGAACUUCUUCUGAACAAUUCUCCUCCAUUCUGAAGCGUACGUUUUUUGCUGUGUUCUUUUACAAAUUCUGGAUUUAUUGGUAUUAUAUCCCUUCCGUUUUCAUCGAUGGUCCUCUAUUUAAAGUCAGACGAUCGUCUAGUCACCAACCGCCAAAAAUCAGACGUUAUGCUGUCACGGUUAUUGGCCUAAAUUGA